UAGCAAUGACCAUACAUGAUUUAUCUUACAUUUUUACCUGAUUAGCUUCACUGGUUUCACAACUACUAUAAAUUCGGGCCGUCUUAUCUAUCAUCUUACUCAUUCAAACAACAACAGAUCGACUACCAAAAGAAAACAUACACAAACAAUGGCUUCCAGCUUGAUGUACAACGCCACCACCGCCGUGGCUACAGCCAGCGUAGCUCAGGCUAACAUGGUGGGUCCUUUCACCGGCUUGAAGUCUACCGUAGGCUUCCCUGUUACCAAGAAGAACGAUGACAUUACCUCCCUUGCUAGCAACGGUGGAAGAGUCCAGUGCAUGAAGGUAUGGCCAACACAAAACAUGAAGAGGUACGAGACUCUAUCGUACCUUCCACCUCUUACCACAGACCAGUUGGCGCGGCAGGUCGAUUACCUUCUUAACAAUAAAUGGGUUCCUUGCUUAGAAUUCGAGACUGAACAUGGAUUUGUAUACCGUGAGCACCACAAUUCCCCAGGGUACUAUGACGGUCGUUACUGGACAAUGUGGAAGUUGCCGAUGUUCGGGUGCACUGACCCGGCCCAGGUUUUGAAUGAGCUCGAAGAAUGCAAGAAGGAGUACCCCAACGCCUUCAUCCGUAUCAUUGGAUUCGACAGCAACCGUCAAGUCCAAUGUGUCAGUUUCAUUGCCUACAAGCCUGAAGGCUACUAAUGAAGUAAUGAAUAUUGAUUGUACCUUUUAUUGUUCAUUGAAAUUUUAAUUAAUACGAUCAUAUAGAGGGAUGUGAUUGUUCUGUUUGUAAUUGAUUUAUUUCCGGAUUAUUAUUCAAAUGAAAUCCCCGAUCCCUUUCUUUAAAA